CUGUGCUUUGAUAAUCUUCCACCUGUACUUACUCAGAAAGUAGUAAUUUGACAUGCUACACCACAUGCACACCAUGAUGACAUAAGAGCUGUGUGACUAUUUUUUUUUUUCUUCUCUCUUUUCUUUUUGCAGCUCUGUAUUACAGUGGUUCUGGCAGGCAGUUCUUUGCUAACACUGUUUACAGCACAUGAUACUUGAUUCAGUCUCUUUUUUAAUCUGCGUGGGGAAUUAAAGAGAGCAGCAUCAAAGAAAGGUACAAUAUAAAUUGCAGCGAUGCACCUCAGAAUAAUUCCCUUAUUAGUGCUGCUAAUAAUUGGCAGUGUAUACCCUCAAUAUGAUUAUGACUAUGGUGUACCAGAUGAUUACCCCUCAAACUUAGCAUUUGGACCCUCCUCUCCUAAUUGUGCGCCAGAAUGCAACUGUCCAUACAAUUAUCCUUCAGCUAUGUAUUGUGAUAACCUGAAAUUAAAGAAAAUUCCAAUGAUUCCUCCUGGAAUUCAGUACUUGUAUCUGCAGAACAAUAUGAUUGAGGGUAUAGAUGAUGACACAUUCCAAAAUGUGACUGAUUUGAAAUGGCUUAUUUUAGACCAUAAUCACUUAAGCAAUGCUAACAUUAAGAAAAAUGCAUUUUCCAAGUUGAAAGAGCUACAGAGAUUGUACCUAAGUUUUAACAACCUUACUGAGCUCGUGGGACCACUGCCAAAGACAAUGACUGACUUGUAUGUAACCAACAAUAAAAUCUCUAAGAUUACUCCCAAUAUUUUAGAAGGUUUGGAGAACCUCACUGUUAUACAUAUGCAGCACAAUGAUCUGAAAGGGGAUUCCAUUUCCGGUGCAUUUAAAGGUCUAAAAUCACUCUACUACCUUGACUUAAGCUUCAAUGAGCUCACAAAACUACCUAUUGGACUUCCACCAAGCAUAAGCUUUCUUUACUUUGACAACAAUAAGAUCAGCAAUAUCCCAGAUGAAUACUUCCAAGGUUUUAAAGCUCUUCAGUAUCUCCGUUUGUCCCACAAUGAUCUUAAAGAUUCAGGGGUACCUGGCAAUGCCUUUAAUAUCUCAACCCUUAUUGAGCUGGACCUUUCUUUUAAUUCACUUGACAAAAUUCCAGCUGUGAAUGAAGGCCUGGAAAACCUCUACCUGCAUGUCAACAAAAUUCAAAAAUUUGAUGUGAGCAGCUUUUGCAAGGUUAUUGGACCACUGGAGUACUCUCGAAUUAAACAUCUGCGCUUGGAUGGAAACAACAUCACCCGAGCUGACUUCCCUCAGGAGCUUCACAGCUGUCUCCGUUUGGCAUCAGAUAUCGAGCUAUAAAUAGGAAACUUUUGUCAAAGUGGUGAUUGUCAAGCUGAGGAUUCAUUCUUUGUUACAAUUCAUUCAAGAGAGAUACAAGAAAAUGUAUAUAACUAUUGAGACACGAAUCCUCAGAAACCUUAUCAGGUUAAUGCAUGUGACUCAAGUCAAAGAUCUAGGAAAUAAGGCAGAAACAUAAUUUUAGCUGAAGUAAUAUUUUAAUAAAUGUAUAGCCAAACUUGAAAAAAAGAUAAAAUACUAAAACCUAACCCUUGAUGGGAGAUAAUGCUGAAUAUUAAAUGUAAAUAUAUAUAACCUAUAAAUGGUGGUCUAGUAUGGAACACAAAACAGUUCUAAUUAAAAAAAAGUAGUCUAAUUUACAGUAUGCAGCAGGCAGCAUCAAUAAACACUAUGAACAUAUAUUACAACAGAAUAAAAACUUGUAUGAUGCACACAUAGUAGUAUAGAGAAAUAUAUGAUAUUGAUAAUAUUGUAAGGCUAUAGUAUAAGUAAUUGCACACAAAUGGGAUGUAAACCACACUAGGCCUAUAUGAAAACUAGUGCAGACAAGUGGAGAUAUUAGCUGCUGCAACCAUUCUGAUCACUGCUUUCAUUUAUAGAUAUGCAUUAAAAAUAAAAGCUGGCAUCUGAUUGGUUGCAUUCGUUUUCAUACAUGAGGCUUAGACUGUCAUGGUACUAGAUGUCAGUCCCUUUAUUAAUAUGAGACACUAUAGAUCACAUCCACUAUAGUGUAGCAUUCAACAGAGAUAACUAUGUUAGUGUAACAUGUUUAAUAAAGCAGAUAGUACUAAUAUUCUAGGUUAUCAUUUUCAACUAUAUGUAGAGCUUUAAUUAAUUUUUUCUUCUUCACAUUUCUGUAAUCUACUUAGACUUCAUUGCUCUGUUACUAUAAAUAUAGCUUUAUGUCAAGUCCACAAAUGUACUCAGGUAUUGGAAUUCAUCAUUAAAAAGAUAAGCAAUAUUGAAUUGUAAUAAUAGCCUUAUAAGAUCUUGCCACUAACGUUUUUCAAUUAAAAUAAACUUGCUAGAAAGUCAGUGUAUAUCUUAAUCACAUAUAAAGGAUGCCUUUAGUUAGUACUUUGAAUGCCAUUUUUAUAUUGUGCAUUCAAUAUUUGACAUAAUAUGAAUUACUGGUUAUUUGUUUUAUCCACCAUUUCUUAUUUGCCAACAUGAUGUCAUAAUUUUUGUUAAAGAAAAACCUUUGGUAAUGGCAAGUAAUCUGCUGUGUGGACUACUCCAUUUGUUAGCAAUAAAACCGUUUUU